CAGAUCAGAACAGAGUGAAAAGAAAAAUGUUUUGUAUUUUCUACGCGAUGUACUGCUCCGAGCCACUAGGUGGCGCUCUCUGCGAAUCCAUCUUUGCUGGUUAUCGUCACAUGACCGGAAGUCAAAUUUCAAAACAAUAGAGCAGUGGCUGUUGCAUGCAGUAUGUUGUGUUGUUGCCGGCUCAUAAUGGUUUAUAGCGCCUUUAGCUGACACCUGUCACCGGCGGUGUGUGUGAGAAAAAAAGCUGGGGGACUCUGUCGCGGAGAGGAGCAGAGGACCCGGUCCUGGUGGCGCCGACAUGGCGGCUCCGCUGCUGGAGUUUGAGACCGAGAUGUUCCUGAGUCUGUUCGGCUGCGACGGGCUGCUGGUGGCGGCGGAGGGCAUGGGCAUAGACCGCAUCCUGCUGCAGUUCAUGCGGGUGUACUCGGAGCAGGGCAGCCUGGUGCUCCUGCUCAACACAACCACGCCGGAACAGGAGUAUUUCACAGAGCAGCUGCGGGUGGAGGGUGUGACCCACCUGCCCAGGACGGUGACCAGCGACGUCCAGAGCGCCGAGCGUUACACUGUUUACACCGAGGGAGGAGUGCUGUUUGUCACCAGUAGAAUCCUGGUGGUCGACUUCCUCACCGACCGCAUCCCUGCUCAUCUCAUAUCAGGCAUCCUUGUGUAUCGCGCCCAUAAAAUCAUUGAGUCUUGUCAGGAGGCCUUCAUCCUUCGUCUGUUCAGACAGAAGAACAAGACGGGCUUCAUUAAGGCCUUCACUGACAAGGCCACAGCCUUCUCCUCCGGCUUCUGCCAGGUGGAGCGUGUGAUGAGGAACCUCUUCGUCAAGAAGCUCUACCUGUGGCCCAGGUUCCAAGCAUCAGUAAACACAGCACUGGACAGGCAUAAACCAGAGGUGGUGGAGCUCCACGUGUCACUGACGCCAGCUAUGAGGGCGAUUCAGAGCUCCAUCCUUGACAUUAUGAGCGCCUGUCUGAAGGAGCUGAAACGCUACAACCCUACCCUGGAGGCUGAGGACCUCUCACUGGAGAACACACUAGGAAAUGCUUUUGAAAAGACCAUCCGUCACUACCUGGACCCCCUGUGGCACCAACUGGGAGCCAAGACCAAGGCCCUGGUCCAGGACCUGAAGGUGCUCAGGGUUCUCCUGCUCUACCUCACCCAGUACGACUGUGUCACCUUCCUCAAUCUGCUCGAGUCGCUGCGCUCCAGCCAAAAGAUCUUUGGCUCCAAUUCAGGGUGGCUGUUCCUGGACUCCAGCACCUCCAUGUUUGUGAACUCCAGGAGUCGGGUGUACCGCAUCAGUGAGAGCAAGAAGAAACUCAAAGUGGGAGCAGAGGCUGAGAAACACAAGUUAUCCUCAACCUCAGAGGUGAAACGAGACCUGGUGCUGGAGAAGAGCCCGAAGUGGGAGGCUCUAACUGAGGUGCUGCAGGAGAUUGAGAAGGAGAACAAGAGCCCUCAACAUGAACCAGGUCGCGUGCUGAUCUGUGCGAGUGAUGACCGGACUUGUGCCCAGCUACAGCAGUACAUCAGACACGGCUCCGAUUGGCUGCUCAACCGACUAUAUGCCCGCACAAUCUGUAAACGGGAUCCUGCUGCCGCCGCCUCCCUGGAGCUUGAUUCUCACAAAAAGGGAAAAGGCUGGCCCAAAAAAGGAGCCAAGGGGAAGGAGCCUGCGAAAAAAAAGAAAACCUCCAAGAGCAAAAGCAGACCGUCUCUGACCCUGACCCAGAUGGUUGGGAAGGAGGAGACGGAGGAAGCAGUAGUGCUGGGCAGCAGCGGAGACGAGGAGGAACUAAUGGAGGAGGAUGAUGAAGAAGAAGGACAACUGAAGCUGGAUUUGUCUUCCGAUGCUUAUUAUGGUGUCCUGAAGGAUCCGCUGACUGUCAUCCACCCGCUGAAAGGCUGCACGGACCCCCACAGCUUGACACGGGUGCUGCACGAGGUGGAGCCCAGUUUUGUGGUGCUCUACGAUGCUGAAGUGAGUUUCGUCCGACAACUGGAGAUCUACAAAGCUAGCCGGCCCGGGAAAGCGCUCAGGGUGUAUUUCCUCAUCUACGGAGGCUCAACGGAAGAACAGAAGUACCUGACAGCGCUCUCGAAGGAAAAGAAAGCCUUUGAACACCUCAUCAGGGAAAAAGCUACUAUGGUCAUACCAGAGGAGAGGGAGGGACGAGAAGACACCAACCUAGAUCUCGCUAGAAAUUUAGAGCCUGCAAAUGCCACAACCAACACCCGCAAAGCAGGUGGCCAGGAGCAGACCAGUGAACCCUCACGAGUCAUUGUGGACAUGCGUGAGUUCCGCAGUGAACUCCCCUCCUUGCUGCACCGCCGUGGACUGGACAUCGAGCCUGUCACCCUAGAAGUUGGUGACUACAUCCUUACCCCGGACACGUGUGUGGAGCGCAAGAGCGUCAGUGAUCUGAUUGGUUCUCUGCAGAGCGGCCGUCUCUACACCCAGUGUCUCUCCAUGACCCGCUACUAUAGAAAACCAGUGCUGCUCAUCGAAUUUGACCCAGCGAAACCGUUUUCCCUAAUGGCCAGAUCAGAUUUCCGUCAUGAGAUAUCAUCAAAUGACAUUUCUUCAAAACUCACCCUACUCACCUUGCAUUUCCCCCGGCUCAGAAUACUCUGGUGCCCCUCGCCACACGUCACAGCCGACCUCUUCAAGGAGCUGAAGCAAGGCCGCCUGGAACCAGACGCCGCUGCAGCUCAGGCAGUUACAGCUGAGUCGGAUAUAAUGGCUGAAUCAGCAGGGCUCUACAACCCCGGACCUUAUGACUUCCUCUUAAAAAUGCCUGGGGUCAAUACAAAAAACUACGGGGCACUGAUAAGAAAUGCAGACAGCCUGGCAGAUUUAGCCAAACUCAGCCAGGUCAAGCUUGCUGAAAUACUUGGAAAUGCUCAAAAUGCUAAGUUACUGUAUGAGUUUCUGCAUAAUGUUGCUGAUGUUCCUGCUCCUGUGCAGAAGAUCAAACAGACAUCGUAGGAAUAAAAGCAGAGAUUCUGAUUCAUCUGUAAAAUUUUCUAAACAUCAGGAUUAGUCCUGCAUUGUAAAGAUGAAAGUGUCUCAUAUAUAUAUAUAUAUGUACUGUGUCUAAGUCUGUGUCAAUUUCAUGUGAAACUGCAUAUUAUAUUAAUGUGCAUAAUGAAUUUUUGUAUUUUGGAAACUACUCUGCAAAUGUGUGCAAAAUGUGGGACUUUUAUUAUAUUCUUGAAAUAACUUAAUAAAGAGUAUGUGUUGUAUGAUU